CGCUACAGUACCGCGCUGCUACAGUACCACGCCGCUUUGUUUUGUUUUUUGUUUUUUUUCUAUGACCUUGAAUAGGUGAUUCGAGGCCACAUAUGAUCCGAUCCGAUCAUCUACUACUGCUUAUUUUUUGAUCUUCUUUUAGUCUAUGUUUAAAGAAUAGAUCUCUACUACUGUCCUGGUUAUUUGACUACUACAUGCCAAUCACUACAGUGCAACAAUGUCGGAAACAGAUCUCUCCUCCUCUUCUACAUCUCCCUCUGCUGCUGUUGGUCAGACUUCUGUGCCCAAGGUAGUUUUGGGGAUUACAAUAAAAUUGAAUGGUAAAAACUAUCUGCUCUGGUCUCAGGCUUUCCGCAUCUUCAUUGGCGCUCAGAGCAAACUUUUACAUCUUCUGGCCUCUUCUCCACCCACCACAGAUCCCACUUACAGUUCCUGACUCUUGUCUGAUUAUUGUGUUAUGACGUGGCUCCUCAACAACACAGAACCACAAAUUAGUAGCAGUGUUAUGUUCUUAACUACUGCGAAGGAGAUGUGGGAUAGCCUGAAGAUUAUGUACGGAAAUGAGAAGAAUACUUCUCGUGUAUUUGAGAUUUAUGAGCAACUGUUUGAGCUCAAAUAGGAAGAUAGGUCAGUUCCGGAGUUCUUUGGUGAGUUAAAUGGACUGAUAGAAGAACUGAAGAUGCAUCAGCCUGCAGUAGCUGAUGCGACGACGCUGUUGGGAUAUCACCAUGACUUGGCAGUGUCCAAGUUUCUUUCUGGAUUGCACCCUACCUUACAGUCCCAGGUGCGAGGAUAAAUAUUGGGUGGAGAUAUCAUCUCCUCACCGGCUGUUAUAUUCUCCAGAGUCAUGCAGGUCUCUACUGGUGUUUCUUCUGAUACUUCUGCACCGUCUUUAUCUUCAUUGGAUCAGUCUGCCAUGUUCUCUAGUAGAGACAGAGGCCGCGAUCGUGGUCAUGGUCGUGGUCGUGAUUCGGUGGGAGGACGUGGCUCCUUUAGUAGGAGACAUGAUAAUUCUGAUAGGGGUUCACGUCAGUGUGGUCACUAUGGGAGGACCAAUCAUAUUUCUGAGAAGUGCUGGGAGAAGUUUGGUCGUCCUCAAUGGGCCCAAGUAGCCGAUGCCGAGUCGACUCGCUCACCUAUUUCUACUACUACUUCUAGUAAGCCAGCUGCUACUAUUCCUACUGUUCAGAUCUCUCAGUCAGAUUAUGAGAGGUUACGCCAGCUAGAGCUCUCUCAAAACAGUCAUUCGGCUACUCAUGCAUCCUCUUCAGGUAUGGAUGCUUACAUAGCUUCUCCUCAUGAACCAUGGGUACUAGAUUCUGAAGCCUCAUCCCACAUGAUAGGUAUAAAGGAUCGUUUUAUUUCUUUACAUCUUUCUAAUAAGUUUCCCUCUAUUCGCAUCGCUGAUGGUACACUUUCUCCAGUUUUUGAUGCUGGAGUAGUUCAUACUACUUCCUCUUUGAAACUCAAUGAUGUGUUAUAUGCUCCUAAAUUCCCUGUUAGCUUAUUAUCCAUUAGCAAGUUUACAAAGCAUAAUAACUUUAAAGUCACAUUCUUUCCUUCUUAUUGUGUUUUUCAGGACCUAGCAACUGGGAUGACGAUUGGUUCGGGGCAUGAGAGAGGAGGUAUGUACUAUUUGGACGACAGUGUGCCGGGUGCUGGUCUUGUUGCAGCACAGCCUGAUUCUACCUUACUGUGGCACUAACGUUUGGGUCAUCCUUCACUACAGAAACUUAGAUCAGUAGUUGUUGUUCAGUCUUCUCUUUCUUCUUUAGGUUGUGAGUCAUGUGAACUGGGUAAGCACCAUCGUGCUUCUUUUCAGAGUCGUGUCGAUAAACACA